AACUAACAAUAAAAAAAACUAACGUUCCUUCCUGCGUCAUAUAUCCGACUGCAAGUACGACAAUAAGGUAAAAAAAACCUAGGAACUCGACUGCUUCACAAACCCAAUAGUUUCCGGAGCUCUCGUAUUCGACUGAUUACAACAGGAGGAAAACCAAUCCAGAGGAAGAAUGGGGGAGACGGGUAAGCGGUAUCGGUCGCAGAGAGACUACGAUGGGGGAAACAAGAACCAAAAGAGACGAUUCAAUGACCGAGACGAAAGGGGUAGUGAUGAAUUGGUGGUUUAUAGGAUUCUAUGCCCUGAUGGGGUUAUUGGGAGUGUUAUUGGCAAGAGUGGGAAAGUGAUCAACUUGAUCCGGCAAGAUACUAGAGCGAAAAUCAAGGUUGUGGAUCCGUUUCCGGGUGCGAAAGAUAGGGUUAUAACUAUUUAUAGCUAUGUUAAGGAUAAGGAAGAGGUUGAGGUUGAUGAUGAGUUCAGUGAUAGGGAACCUUUGUGUGCUGCCCAGGAUGCUCUUCUCAGAGUUCAUUCUGCGAUUUCAAAUGCAUUGGCUAGUGUUGGGGAUUCGGAUAAGAGACGGAGGGAUGGUAGGGAAGACUGCCAAAUUCUUGUUCCUUCUAGCCAGUCUGCAAAUAUUAUUGGUAAGGCGGGGUCGACUAUAAAGAAACUGAGGAGCAAGACGAGGACCAACAUCAAGGUUGUUGCAAAAGAUGCCACUGACCCAACACAUUCGUGCGCCAUGGACUUUGACAAUUUUCUCAUGAUAAAUGGAGAAUCAGAAGCAGUUAAAAGAGCAUUAUUUGCAGUUUCUGCAAUUAUGUACAAGUUUGCUCCGAAGGAAGAGAUUUCUCUUGAGACAUCGGUACCAGUGGCCCCACCAAGUAUUAUUAUCCCAUCAGAUGUCCCUAUUUAUCAACCAGGUGGACUAUAUCAAAGUGGAGAUCCUAUUGUCUCUUCUAGAUCUGUACCUCCAAUCAUAGGUGCUACACAUUUACAGGAUCUUCAGGGUUACACGGAUACAGGGAACACAUGGCCCCUGUAUUCAUCUGCCCUUCCUUUAGUUUCUGGUUUUGGCAUUGCCUCCCGAUCUGAGGAGUUAAUUGUGCGAGUACUGUGUCCCUUUGACAAGAUUGGUCGUGUCAUUGGCAAAGGUGGGGGCACCAUUAAAAGCAUAAGGCAGGGGAGUGGUGCUCGUAUUGAGGUUGAUGAUACCAAGGACCGUGCUGAGUGUAUAAUUAGUGUUACUGCAACAGAGUCACCCGAUGAUCUAAAAUCUAUGGCAGUGGAAGCUGUUCUUUUGCUGCAAGGGAAGAUAAAUGAUGAAGAUGAUGACUCUGUUUCCAUUCGACUUCUUGUUCCAUCUAAAGUUAUUGGUUGCAUUAUUGGAAAAAGUGGUUCCAUUAUAAAUGAAAUCCGAAAGAGAACAAAAGCUGAUGUCCGUAUUUCAAAAGCUGAUAAGCCUAGGGGUGCUGAUGCUAAUGAUGAACUUGUUGAGGUGGCAGGAGAUCCCAGUAGUUUGAGGGAUGCGCUUAUUCAGAUUGUUCUAAGACUCCGAGACGAUGUCUUGAAAGAUAGAGAUGAUGGUCUUAACACCUCUGCUGGUACUGAAUCUCUGUACUCGGGUGGCACUGGUCUCUCAAUGCCACCUGUCCUGCCUUCUGUUCCCCCAGUUACUUCGAUGGGUUAUGAUCAGAGGGCUGAAAGUGGAAGUGGCUUGGGCCUGCUUUCUUCUGGUAGCCUCUAUGGAUAUGGAUCUGUGUCGAUGGGAGAAAAUGGCUAUGGAUCCAUGUCUUCGUAUCCAUCCAAGCUAUAUGGAGGGUCAGCGUUGCCACCCCCUUCAACACUUGAGAUGCUAGUUCCUGCGAAUGCAGUGGGUAAAGUGAUGGGCAAAGGCGGGGCAAAUAUAGCCAAUAUUCGGAAGAUAUCGGGAGCAAUGGUAGAGAUCUCUGAGUCCAAAUCUUCCCGGGGUGAUCGUGUUGCACAUAUAUCUGGCACACCUGAACAGAAGCGUACGGCAGAGAACUUGAUUCAGGCAUUUAUAAUGGCCCCCUAACUUUUCAGGCUGCUUCUUGCUGUUCAAAGGUGAAUAGUCCUUUAAGUUAAUAUAUGUCUGGUGCGUACAGCAGGGAAUUUUGAACAUUUCUCCCUCAUGUUUCCUCUCCUAGUUCUUUAGAUUCGGUUCUGGAGAAGGCUUCUUUCCUAGGCUUAUUGAACUCAACCCUUCCUGAUUCUCCCACUCAAGCCGGUAUUGAGACUCUGCCAGAGGAUUCACUGCGGGGUUUAUGAUUAGGCAUGUAGCCCCAUCUUUGUCGCCAAAUCUAUUCUUAUCUACAAUAUUAGUUCCUUUCUUUCUUGUCGCGUCGCUUCAUCUUGUCUUAUCUUCACUAGUAUAGAGUUCGUCUAAUUUUCGGUACUGUCACUCUAUAUUCUAUGAAUUGAUGUUCUUGCCAGAAGAUUAUUCGGUAGUGACCAGAAUUUUCGAUCUUAUAGUAUAUGCUUGUUAUUUCUCUGGCCA